AUGGACUCCUCGGACGUUCCUGAGCUGCCAGACCUCUCGGCCCUGACUCCAGAGGAGUCCCAGGCGCUGUUCGAGCAAGAUAUGACCUUCAGUUCCAACACUGCUGCAGGAAACAUCGCGUUCGACGCAGCUCUCAACCCAUACAACACUCCGGAGGACUCCAGCGCUGGAAUUACGCCUUCUUACGCGUCAUACACGCCAAAUACGCCUGCAGACACCAAUUCUGCUGCUCCUACGCCAACUACACCAUCCUCUGCUUCCUUUAAAGGCACCGUAAGCGCUGUAGGGACGCGAAACGCGCUCGAACUCGACGAUGCUGCCUAUUCCGAGCUCUUAGAGGACGCCAAAGCAUACAUGCUGGACGAGAGCCAUCCAGAGCGUCAAUCCAUCAUCGGCGGAGCGCCAUACAGAGUAGACGAGUACAACAUGAAGCUGCAGGAAACAGCAGCAGCAUUUCUUCGAGCUGGCUCUGGUGCGCGUUUCUGGGGCCCUUGGACCGCGUCAGAUCCCCUCUCGCGCACUGUUUCGUGGCCAAACGACGCGCAAAUCAUCAUCGAACGCGUUGCGCCGUUCCUACGUAGGAUCGUGGCCAACGAGAGAGACAGAAAGCGCAGCAAGGUCAAGCGAGAGCAGAAGAAGAAGAUGCUCGCAAGAGCUCCUGCUACUGAGCCCACCACUGCGCUUCCAACGCCUGCUGCUCUCGCUUUCCCGCCGCUUCUUCCUCUUCCGCCUCCACGCGCCCACACACAUCCUCCUCUCCAUCUACUCCUCCACCACUAA